UCAAAGAUCUGAAAAAUAUUCUGGAAAACAUGGGGAUAGAAUUUACACCUGAAGAAUGCUUGGAAUUGGUGAAAUAUCUGCAAGUUGAUGAUGAUGGAAAUGUGUAUGAAAGUAGAUUGUUAGAUGGAAUCAAAUAUUUCAAAGGUGGAAAGGUUGAUACAAGUAAUCUGGAAAGUGUUUUGGAAAACAUGCAAAUCAGUCUCUCAGAUAAGAAACUUAAAGAUUUGUCACAAAAUCUACCAGUUGACGAUUCUGGGAAAACCGAUCUGCCUAAUCUGCUAAAAGAAGUAAAUAAAUUAACAGGAGGGAAAAUUGAAACCAAGGACAUACAAAAAGAACUGAGAAACAUGGGGAUAGAGCUCACAAAUAAUGAACUCUGGGAGCUGCUGAAAACGCUGCCAAAGACUGAGGAUGAAAAGGUGUAUAAAAAUACAUUGCUUGAUAAUAUAAAAUCAUUUCCUGGUGGGAAGUGCUAUGUCUCUAAAAUGAAUACUGCCCUGGAAAACUUGGGUUAUGAGCUGGAGGAUGAGGAAGUUAAGGACUUACAGAACCACCUGCCUGUUGCUGAUGAAAAGACAGUUAAGCUGAGUAAGCUCAUGGAAAAUGUAGAAUCAUUUACAGGACUCAAAAUUAAUGCUAAUGAAAUAGAUGAUGUUUUGAAAAACAUGGGCAUAGAACUCACACCUAAGGAACAUUGGAAGCUGCUAAACACUCUGCCAAUUACUUUUGAUGGAAAGGUGUAUCGCAACCGAUUGCUUGAUCGUAUAAAGACUUUCCAAAGAGGGAAGAUUUGGGAAAAUAAACUAGAAACUAUUCUGGAAGACAUGGACUUUGAACUUGAAAAACAAGAAAUGGAAGAUCUACGGAACCAUUUGAAAAUUGAUGAUCAUGGAAAGGUUGCACUGAGUUCUUUGAUGAGUGCAGCCAACUUAUUUUCUGGUGAUAAGAUUAAUGCCAGUGACACAAAAUCGUAUCUGGAAAAUGUAGGUAUUGAAUUCACAAAAAAGGAAAGUAAGGAGUUACUGGACAUACUGCCAUGGGAUGAUAAUAAAAGAGUAUAUAAAAAUAGAUUGAUGGAUGGAGUGAAGACUUACGGAAAUGGAAAGGUUGAUAUUGAUAAAAUAGAUGAUGCUCUUGAAAACAUGGGAUUCUCACUUGAAGAAGAAGAAAUUGAGAAAAUAUCCAGAAACCUAUUAGUUGAUGAUAAGAAACGAGUUCAGCUGAAUUCACUUCUGCAUGAAGUAGAUACAUUUUUAGGGGAAAAAAUUAACCAUGAAGACUUGGAAAAUAUUCUGGAAAACAUAGGGUUAAGAGAGCAACUGAAGGAAAACUCUGUGUUGAUGAAGAGUUUGCCACUUGAUGCUUCUGGAAGGUUGUUUAAGCAUAAGUUGCUGGAUGGCAUUAAGUCUCUCAAAGGAGUAAAACUUAGUGUUAAUAAACUAGAACCCUUCAUGAAAAAUAUGGGCUUCAAGCUUGAGGAAGAGGAAUUCCAAGACCUGAUAGAGGGCCUGCCCAUUGAUGAUUCGGGGAAGGUUGGCAUCGAUGUGGUAAUGGAAAAAGGUAGUCUUUUUACAGGUAAAAAGAUUGAUACUGAUAACCUGGGAAAUUUUCUGGAAAAUAUGGGUAUAGUGCUCACUGAAGAUAAAAGCAAGACCCUACUGAAUAAUCUGCCAAUUGAUGGAAAAGGAAGGGUGUAUACAAACAGAUUAAUGAAAGAACUGCAGAAUCUUGAAGAUGAUUAA